AUGUCCGACAACGUUGAAAGUACAAGUACUUCUACGAGUGCUCCUACGGCUAGUCUCCCGACAGUUGAAGAAAUUAAUGGAUGGGAUCGAGAUAGGGUUAAGGGAUUUUUGCAAGAGAAAAAAGUCAGUUUAGACCUUGAUGACACCGAGAUCGAUAAAAUAUAUAAUAAUAAGAUUGAUGGCAACACUUUCCUUGAAUUAACUCGAGACGACCUUUUAAGUAUCGAAAUAGCUCUUAAACCAACUAAAGGGAUCGGAAAACUGAUUAGUCAAAUUCGAGGAGUACAAACGAUCCUCCAGACAACCAAAAUAACUGAAGCUUUUCCUGAAGGUGUGUAUUCAACAAUUCUUACUAGAUAUUGUCCUUCUUAUAUUGAGGCUGAUAUCUCUUCUCACGGUUCAAACUGGCAAUAUCAAUCGGAUCCGAAAUUGAAAAAAAUUCUACGAAAGCACACCGAAAGCCAUUAUAUGCAUUUUGUGAAUGAAAAUGAUGACAAAAUAGAUAGGCCGACUUACCUCUUCUUCUCCGGGGCUGGCACAGGAAAAUCCCGAAACGCAUCCGAAUUUCACAAUAUGCUAAUCCAAAGUCUGAAGGAUUCGAAUAAUUUGGAGUUGAAGAACAUGAUUCAAGAUGCUUGGGUAUUCAAUAUUAGCCUAGAAAACGGCACCAGUUUUUCAAGGAGUAUCGAACGAUUUGAUAUUUUGGCCAUUGGCGUCCGGAUGUUUUGGCAAGUUUAUACUGGCGAUGAUGAUUUUGACCGAUUUCUUUUUACCUAUGAUGCCCCAACUCCGCUUGAAGUCAUUCGAUGGAUUGCCAAAGGUCACAAUAAAGAAAAAGAAGAUAUGAAGAAAACUGCAAUUAUCUUGGUUGUCGACGGCUUGCAGAAUUUCAUGACAUCAAAUGAUGAUGGGCUUGAUGAAGAUUCUGCGUUUUACCAGACUUUAUCAAAAAUCAGUGAUUUGGCGUUGAAUAAUGAUUUUUUCUUAAUUCCAUGCUGUACUGCAACAAUUACUCGCUCAUUUGACCAAACUAUUAAAUCAUCGAACCGGCUACGUGUAAGGUUACCUGUCGUUUCUUUGAAUCCUCCAACCAUCUUUAGGGAUAAUAAAUAUAUCAGUGUUUUUCAAGAUCAUCAUAUUAUAAAUCUACUUGUAGACGAUUGCGGAGGUCAUGGAAGAGCUCUUGAAGUAUUAGCCGAAACUAUAGGGGAUAAAAAUAUCAAUGAUUGCAACUUCGAUCAAUUGAUGCAUGAUCUACGCGCUAGUCUUGAGGAUCGUUAUCCGAGUGUUCUCAAUAUCUCUGCUUUAGAAGCUCAGGCUAUUGUUCGAGCAAUAUUAACCAGAAUACGCUUGGAUUCCCGAAAGUGUGUUCCUUGUACAGACAAACUUCCAGAUUACUUUGUUCAACCGGGGCUGAUUCGAUUUGAAAAAAUAGGAACUAGUGCAGAGGGAUAUUUUAAUGCACCAUACAUCUGGAUCUGGAUAAUGGCACAACCAUCUACCUUAGGUGGGGAUCCGUUGCUUCGAGAUUGGCAAUUCUGUGAUUAUGGAGAACAUGUCGCGACAUUUGACCGAAGGAGAAUACCAGGAGCUCAACUUUGGGACCAUUUUGAAUAUUUCGUUGCAAUCUUUCGAUACUUGAAGUCCAGAGUAUUAGAAGAAGGCCAGAAAACAACCAUUUCUGAAAUCCAUACUGGAGCACGUUUACGGUUGGAAUAUGAUAUCACUUUCACUAAUCACCAUCUAAAAUUGGAACAUGCCAAACAUCAAGAAGUUACGAAUUCUUCCAAAUAUACUAAAACAAGGAAAAUUAUAUGUGAAGAUUCAGUGGUUAAUGUCCGGGAAGGUAAAUACUGUAUUAUAAAUGGAGGGUCUGCCCCACAUGGUGACUCUUUUCUCAGUUUAGACCAAUCUAGAAAAAAUAAUCCCAAUGAAGUUCAUCAAGCAAAAAAAUGGAAAACGUCACGUAUUAAUAGGAAACUUUAUUAUGAUGAACGGGAAAAAUCUGCCGGUGACAGAGAUUUUUUCAUUUUAUUUACAACUGGCGAAUCUGACAAUUUUGAUCUUCCGGAGAACUCUGGGAUUGUUGAUAAAUCAAAUUGGAAUAAUUACUUUGGGCCAUUCGCCGGCAGAGCAUAUAAUUACGCUAUAGUAGGUGCCUUGGAUAUCAAUACUGCGACUACUACAGAGCUAAUGACAGUAUAUGAUUUAGGUGAGUAA